CCCAGCUCCCGGCUCUGCUCUCCUGCGCAGCGCGGAUGGCCGCCAGGUGGCGCGCGCGGGCGGGGGCGGGCCCGGUGCCGGGCGCGGGGAGGGCGGGGAGCUGGCGGCGGAGUUUGUGCAAAAGUUGGGAGCCGGGCGCGAGGGGAGGAAGUGGACGGCGAGCUGCGGGCGCUCCGCUGCGAGCGAGCUGGGGGGCCACCGAGGACCCCGCGGGCUCAGGGGACCCCGGGGGGGCUGGGCUGGGGCCGUAAAGGGGCCGCCGAGGAGGGCGGGAGCUGCCCGGGAGCCGGCCCCCACCUGCGCCCCCCGCCUGGCCGCCCGGCCAUGAGGAUCCGCGUGGCCGCCAGGUGGUCCUGGGCCGGCAGGAGCUGCCUGCUGCUGGCCCUCGCCACUGGGGCCUACGUCCUGCUGGAGCUCUCGGCCUCGGCUCUCCACGCCUCCCCAGGAGGAGCCGGCCCAGCCCAGGAGCCCAGGCAGCUCUCGGACCCCAGGCCAGAGGCCCAGGACCUCUCCCGGCCGCUGUACGAGAAGCCCCCCGCGGACCCGCAGGCCCCGGGGGAGUGGGGCCGAGCCAGCAAGCUGCAGCUGGGGGAGGCCGAGCUGAAGCAGCAGGAUGAGCUCAUCGAGAGGUAUGCCAUCAACAUCUACCUGAGUGACAGGAUCUCCCUGCACCGCCACAUCCAGGACAGACGGAUGCACGAGUGCAAGUCCCAGCAGUUCAGCUACCGGGAGCUGCCCACCACGUCGGUAGUCAUCGCCUUCUACAACGAGGCCUGGUCCACCCUUCUGCGCACCAUCCACAGCGUGCUGGAGACCUCUCCCGCCAUCCUGCUCAAAGAGAUCAUCUUGGUGGAUGACCUGAGCGACAGGGUUUAUCUGAAGGCCCAGCUGGAAUCCUACAUCAGCAACCUGGACAGAGUCCGCCUGAUCAGAACCAGUAAGCGGGAAGGGCUGGUCAGGGCCCGCCUGAUCGGGGCCACCUUUGCCACGGGGGACGUCCUCACCUUCCUGGACUGUCACUGCGAGUGCAACACGGGCUGGCUGGAGCCUCUGCUGCAGAGAAUCCACCAGGAUGAGACGGCCAUCGUCUGUCCGGUCAUCGACACCAUCGACUGGAAUACUUUCGAAUUCUACAUGCAGACCGGGGAGCCCAUGAUCGGGGGCUUCGACUGGCGAUUGACUUUCCAGUGGCAUUCGGUCCCCAAACUGGAGCGGGACAGGAGGACCUCAAGGAUCGACCCCAUCAGUUCGCCCACCAUGGCCGGAGGACUCUUUGCCGUCAGCAAGAAGUAUUUCCAGUACCUGGGGACGUACGACACUGGCAUGGAAGUGUGGGGAGGUGAGAACCUGGAGCUGUCUUUCAGGGUGUGGCAGUGCGGGGGGAAACUGGAGAUCCACCCGUGUUCCCACGUGGGCCACGUGUUCCCCAAGCGGGCGCCCUACGCCAGGCCCAACUUCCUGCAGAACACAGCUAGGGCGGCGGAAGUGUGGAUGGACGGGUACAAGGAACACUUCUAUAACCGAAACCCUCCAGCGAGAAAGGAAGCUUACGGUGACAUUUCCGAAAGAAAAUUACUGCGGGAACGCCUGGGUUGCAAGAACUUCGACUGGUAUCUGAAAAAUGUGUUCCCUAGCCUGCAUGUCCCAGAGGACAGGCCACACUGGCACGGGGCUAUCAGGAGUUCAGGGAUCUCGUCGGAGUGUUUGGAUUAUAAUGCUCCUGACAGCAACCCCACAGGUGCGAACCUGUCACUGUUUGGCUGCCACGGUCAAGGUGGCAAUCAGUUCUUCGAGUACACUUCCAACAGAGAGCUGAGAUUUAAUUCUGUGACGGAAUUAUGUGCAGAGGUUCCCAAGAACAAAGAGUCCGUAGGGAUGCAGAACUGUCCCAAAGACGGUUCCCCCGUCCCAGCAAGCAUCAUCUGGCAUUUUAAAGAAGAUGGGACCAUCUUCCACCCACACUCGGGACUUUGUCUCAGUGCCUAUCGGACACCUCAGGGCCGGCCCGACGUGCGAAUGAGAACUUGCAAUGCUCUGGAUAAAAAUCAGAUCUGGAGGUUUGAGAAAUAGAUAGGCACGACAGCACUUUGGUCCAGAGUUGAACACAGCUUCAGGAAACGUCAGAGAGAGCCAAGGGCUUUCAGAGAUGAUUAGUGAAGACUGUAGGGUGUCAGAAACCAUCCAGCUAUCGGUCAUCUGCGAGAGCUCAGUAGAUGUGGUUCGUUCUGCUAGAGAACACUGGGAACGCAGACACCUGCUGUUAAAUAUUUCCAAGUGCCUUACUUACGGAAUUUUUUUUUUUUUUUUAAAUUUUAAGAGCUUUGUGACGAUGGUCUCUUACUUCUCCUUAACUUGGCUGUGAAUUGAAAUUCACAUAAUAGUCAAGUGCCAGACUUAACUAUGAAAGAAUGUAGGAAUCCGGGCAGGAUGAGGGAAGGUUUAUAGGGAUGGGUAAGUUCACCGCCCACCUUUUAAAGCACAGCGUGCACAUGUGCAGUGUGAGCUGUCGCUGUUCCUUUUCCUGGUGUCUAGAACCCACUUGUUUCUAGUCAGCACAUUGUGAUUUAAGUUUGUUUGCUUUUAAAAUUCUGAUUUCCCUUUGUUGCUAAGAGAAAGGAUCAAGGCCUGGUUUGGGUAGCUCUGGCAUCAAGGAGGGAGGCCAUUAAUUAGGUUGAAUGUGAGUUGGGGGGUGGGUGUGGGAAGUUAACACAAACAUCUCAAAAAGAUGGGCCACACAUCAAUAUGAUGGGGAGGUUCUUAGAUUCCACACUUUGUAAACUUGAGCUGUUGGACUUUACAGACAUAGAUUGGUACCUCAAAUCGCUCUGUUUUUUUUUUUUUUUUUGCCUGUGUGUGUGUGUGUGUGUGUGUGUCUGCAGGGCAUUUCCUGACUGCACUUCCUAACUUUGUGAAUGCUAGAGAGAGACUGCUCAGCAGACUGUACUUCCUUCUGCCACUGUUGAAUCACCUAAAGCAAAUAAAGUCAAGGUCUCUCAAGUUCAGCCCCACUGUGUUUGACAAAAUGUGUGAAACCGAAAGUGGGCCUGCUUCUUACAAAGGCUGCAGGACUCUUGGCUACGAGUUGCUGUUGAUUAGUCCUUUUAAGGAUUUAUCUUAAGAAAACAAGGGGAAAAGCUGCUUUGGCCCUGGUGGUGGUGAAUGUUCCCUUCAAGGAGUUGUUAACACCUUGUAUCUCCAUUCAGGCUGCUAGGCAGCUUGUGGUAAGUGGACAAAUGAAAGAUGGAUGGAUGAAUGGCUCAGUGGAGGUAUGCGGCCUUGGUCAAGUCAUUUGGUCACAUGAUUAGGUGUGGGCUUCAGGGUCCUCUGUAAAAUGUGGGUAUUGGUUUACAUUUUGAAGACCCUUUAAGCUCUGAAAUGCUGUGCUGUGUGUGUGUGUGACGUUUCCAGAAUUCAGUCACUGCACAGACUUAAAAAACAAAAACAGAGAGUCGGGUGGUAGCGCAGUGGGUUAAGCGCACUUGGGAAGCGCAAGGACCCCUGGAAGGAUCCGGGUUCAAGCCCCCGGCUCCCCACCUGCAGGGGAGUUGAUUCACAAGCCGUGAAGCAUAUCUGCAGGUGUUUGUCUUUCUCUCUCCUUCUCUGUCUUCCCCUCCUCUCUCCAUUUUUAUCUGUCCUAUCCAACAAGGAUGACAUCAGUAACAACAAUAAAAAACCAACAAGGGCAACAAAAGGGAAAAUAAAAUAAAUAAAUGUAAAAAAUUAAAAACACACACACAUUUAUCCCCUUUUAACUUACAGAAAGUUGUUGAAAAAGUUCAGCUCCAGUUAUGAAACUGGAAGAAAGUGAAACUUUUCUUUGGAGAAAUUGUUUUAAAAAUUAGGCUGAGCUCAACUAAAGUGGCUUAUUUUGGACUUAGUGGAAAGUUGUGGUCAGUGUUUGGUCAUUUGGCUUGACAAUAGUUGAGCCAGUUUUGUUUUUAUCUUUAAUCUUUCAAACACUGAAAGUAGUGUUUUCGGCUCAGAAUAUAAAUACUUCCUGAACUAAGUUAUUUGAGAAGUAAACGUAGUUCAAAAAAGUAUUUUCACUGGUUUCAUCCCAGACGACACACACAAGUUGAAUCUAGAAUUAAAUCUCUCUUGGCUCACUCUGGUGUCCUUCAAUUUAUGAAAAAUGCAUUCUUUAUUAAAAAUCACUCCACCAUAUUCUUAAGUUGUUUUCGGUGUCUGUAUGAUGACUUGGGUAGUCGGGGGAUUUGAAAAAAAAUCUUUAAGAAAAAAAUUUAAGGUAACUUAUUUUCAGAAAGUAAAAUUUCUGUGUCUCUUGAAUAUUUGGCUUUCUUUUUUCUUUCUUGAAAAAAAUUAUAUAAAUACUUUAUGUAAGCUAUCUAGCAGCCCUAAAGUGUAUCAAAGACUUGCCCAGACCCUCUGUAUAAUCCCCAUGACUCUGGAUGUAAUUAAAGAAGAAUUUACAGCAGUGCUCUGAAGUUUGCAAAUGGGAGAAUAGCAGAAUUAAUUUCUCUCCUGUCGUGUUGUUCUGUCUAUGCCCAGGCUGCCCUUUUUUUUUAAAAAAAAACCACCCAUGUCUAUUUUAAAAGAGAUUUAUGUAUUUAUUCAUGUUUUUAUUAAUGAGGGGCAUAGAGGAAGAGAGAAUCAGAGAAGGAGAGAACCAGGACAUCACUCUGGGAAUUGGGCUAGAGACCUCAUGCUUGAGAGUCCAAUUUUUUUUUUUUAAUCUUUAUUUGCUUAUUGGAUAGAGACAGCCAGCAAUUGAGAGGAUGGGGGAGAGAGAGAGACACACACACACACGUGCAGUACUGCUUCACUGCUCAUGAAACUUUCCCCAUGCAGGUGGGGGCCGGGGGCUCGAACCUGGGCCCUUGCUCACUGUAACAUGUGCGCUCAACUAGUUGUGCCACCACCCGGCCCCUCGAGAGUCCAAUUCUUGACCUACUUUGCCGUGUCCUGGGCCACACAUCCAUGUCUUAUUUAUUUAUUUAUUUAUUUAUUUUGCCUCCAGGGUUAUUGAUGGGGCUCGGUGCCCGCACUAGAAAUCCACUGCUCCUGGAGGCCACCUUUCCCACUUUGUUGCCCUUGUUGUUUAUCAUCGUUCUUGUUAUUGUUGUUGUUAUUGAUGUUGUUGUUGUUGGAUAGGACAGAGAGAAAUGGAGAGAGGAAGGGAAGACAGAGGGGGAGAGAAAGACAGACACCCGCAGACCUGCUUCACCACCUGUGAAGCGACUCCCCUGCAGGUGGGGAGCCGGGGGCUCGAACUGGGAUCCUUAUGCCAGUCUUUGCGCUUUUGUGCUACAUGCGCUUAACCCGCUGCACCACCGCCCGGCCCCCAUGUCUUUUUUUUUUUUUUUCUUUUAAUGCCACUUUUAGCCCUCUGUCAAAUGGGAAAACUGACAUUGAUAUAGUCAAGAAGUUCCUUUCUGAAUUAUUUUAACUCUGACACCCCACUGCUGCCAUGAAUGGAAAAUGGGACAUUUAAUAGAACUUUUGAUUUGACAUUUUGUCUGCCUGGCAGUCGAUUCACCUGUUGUUUGUUUGUUUUUUUUUUUAGAAGAAAGUUUAAAGUAGUGCUUUAUUUAUAGAAAUAUUUCAAAAUGACGUUCAUUUCCAUAGUGGAGUAGGUAACAAAAGAAUGAGACCUUACAGUUUCAUAUAUAUCCAGGUUUUAUAUAUAUGGGCUCUUCCAAAUUGUGAGCAGGCAGCUACAAACAAAACCCACUUCAGCUCCCUAGUUUGAAUCUGCUGGUACCAAAGCACUCUUUUUCUGUAGAAAAUUAAGACUUGACCUAUUCAGUUCAUUUACAUGUUUAGUAAUAGUUUCAGUGAAAUACUUGGUAGAGGAGUUUCAACUCUGAAUGAUUGCUACUUCCUUUUAUGUCUAAUUCUGUGGACAUACUGACCAUCUCAUCUAAAUAGGUAUCUGUAGUCAUUAUUUACAAAGUUACAAUCUUGUCACCUGUGAGGUAACUACCACUCAAACUGACUUGCAUGUAAGGGAAAUUUUGUUGACUCACCCAGUAGUAGUAGGUUCCUGAGAAUUUUCAUGCGUGCAAAUCAAACUUCUCCAGGUCGAAGAAGAGAGAAUUUCUAAGUUACAUAGCAUGAGUUGAUUUAGGGUGUUGAUUUUAUUCAAUAAAAUGUUGACCUGUUUGUCCUUUUGAAUUGCUGUUUUAAUAACGUGUUUAAAAGCACAAGAAACAUUGAGGUUUAGAAUCUCUUUACAGAGAUGAAUUUUAUGUGUGUGAUUUCAGCUUCGAUCUUAUUUUCGUUUUAUAAAUGGUACUUACAAUGUUGAUUGAAACAUUAAAUAAUAAAACGUGUGCCUAAUUGUUUUCUGUAA